CUGUUCUCUUCUUUUGCCAGGAAGAUAUGAGUGGCUGGAGUGUUGGAUUCUAUAUAUAACUGGUUGAUGUCAGCUGGAUGCCAACCCCUUUGGAGAGGAUCAGCCCCCCAGUUUGUCUCAGUACUAGGUACCAUGCAGAUCCCAGCACAAGGGUACAAACCAUCCAGGACCAGGCAGGUCAUCCCCAUGCAUAACUAACUUCUGAAGCCUCAGCUAAAGGGUUGACAUCGCUUUUUAUCUGCACAACAAAACAGUAGGCAAGGAAAAACCGUAUCAGGAAAUCACAAUGUUAUCAGACUCUGCCCUGGCCAAAGAGAGGAAAGAGCAAGCAUCAGCCAUUAUGGAUGAAAUACACAGAAAUGUCUCACCCAGCCUGAACCUUGGAAAGAAGGUCAGCACACCCAGAGAUAUCAUGGUGGAGGAAUUGUCGACGCUCAGCAACAGAGGGGCCAGGCUCUUCAAGAGACGCCAGCGGAGAUCUGACAAAUACACAUAUGAAAAUUAUCAUUAUGUGGCAAACAAACCAAGAAAUCGUGGAGAGCCCAUCCAGAGUGUCAGAAUGGACGGCCUCAGUGUGGAAGGAAUCCCCCAGCAUGCCCCGAUGACACCUCCCAACACGCCCGACCCCCGCAGCCCUCCACACCCUGACAACAUCGCCCCAGGAUAUUCUGGACCACUGAAAGAAAUUCCUCCUGAAAAGUUCAACACUACUGCUGUGCCAAAGUAUUACCAGUCUCCCUGGAUAGAAGCCAUUAGGGAUGACCCAGAACUGCUGGAAGCUUUAUAUCCUAAACUUUUUACACCUGAAGCAAAGCCGGAGCUGCCUGACUACAGGAGCUUUAACAGAGUUGCCACUCCCUUUGGUGGUUUUGAGAGAGCAUCAAAGCUGGUUAAAUUCAAGGUACCAGAUUAUAAUAUGCUGAUGCUAAACGAUCCCAGAUUCAUGAUCCUUGCAAACCCUCUUGCUGCCAGAAGAUCCUUCAACAGGACUCCCAAAGGAUGGACAUCCGAGAAUAUCCCUGUAGUGUUCAUUCAGCCUGCAGAAUCCAACACUGUUCCAGAAACAGAGGACCUGUGAGAGAGGCUGCAUUCUACAUGCUACAAAAUGCUGAAAGCUGCACAUCCGUGAAUUUUUGGUCCAAAUAUUAAUAAAGCCUACUGACAAAAUUUUCCCUUGGAAGCUGGAGUAUAAGUAAUAAUGUGGGAUGCAGUGUCUCUUUUCUGGCACCCAGUUUCAUCUGUAAACAUGAGCUAAAUAAAGUAACUUGGAAAAUAUGACAGUGAUAUUUUC